AUGGGAGAAGUCAACCCGUCAUGCAUCCUUUCAGAAGAACACAGGCCCAAACAUGUCAUCACUGAAGGUGAAGGAAUCCCAUUGAUCGAUCUCUCUCCAAUAACCAACAGGGAAGGGUUAUCAGCUGAUCCUAAUAAGGCAGUGGAAGAUCUUGCUGCUAAGAUAGGUGAGGCUUGCAGGACUUGGGGGUUCUUCACCGUGAUCAACCAUGGCGUGCCUUUGGGCAUCCGGAGAAGAAUCAUGGAGGUGGCACGGGAAUUUUUCGCAUUGCCGGUGGAGGAGAAGAAGAAAGUGAGCAGAGAGGACCAUAACACGGCUGGGUUUCAUAACGAUGAGCAUAGCAAAGACUUUAAGGAUUGGAAAGAGGUUUAUGAUUUUUAUGUUAAUGAUGGGAUGCUAAUGCCGGCUUCCCAUGAACUUGAUGACCCUGAAAUUGUUCCAUGGUUCACUCCAUGGCCCGAGAACCUACCGGAGUUCAGGGAGACAUGCGAAGAAUAUGGUGGAGCAUGUGAGAAGCUAUUCUUCAAUUUGUUGGAACUUGUCAGCCUCAGCUUAGGCUUACCCCCCAAGAGGUUGCAUGGGUACUUUGAGAAUCAAGCAAGCUUUGCCCGACUCAAUUACUACCCUCCAUGUCCCAAACCGGAGCUUGUUCUUGGCACCGGUGGACACAAGGACCCCAGUGCUCUAACCGUCCUCGCUCAAGAAGAUGUCGAAGGCCUCGAUGUGCUUCGAAAAUCAGAUGGAGCAUGGAUUCGUGUCAAGCCUGUCCCGGAUUCCUUUGUCAUCAAUGUUGGCGAUGUUCUUCAGGUAUGGAGCAAUGACCUUUACGAAAGUGUCGAGCAUCGGGCCGAGGUGAAUGCAGAAACAGAAAGGUAUUCCAUCCCUAUAUUUUUUCACCCCUCUCAUGAUGUAACCAUGAAGCCGUUGGAUGAGUUGGUUGAUGAACAAAGCCCGGCCAAGUACCCCGAAUACAAGGCAGGGAAGUGGCUGAAUUUGAGGAUGUAUAAUAACUACAAGAAACAUGGCUUCUAUAUGCGGAUGACUGACUACAAGGUUGCUGCUUAGUUAGCCCCAUGGAUAUCUGCUCCAAGUGGCUAAAUCUGGGUGUUUCGUGCAUGCGAUCAUCGAAUAAUCAAUGGCUAUAUAUAAUAUGUCAAAAUAAAAAGGCCUUCGGCUUUGUAUGAUGUUCAAGUUAUUUGUCUUACAAAAUUAAAAUAAAAUGAACUGAGCUUCAAAA